AUGGCUUCCCAGAGAAGCGUAUCAGGUGCCUUCCCGUCAGAUGAUUCCACGGCCGGGAAUGGAGCGGGAGAUGAUAUAAAUCUUAUAGAAGAAAGAGACGACGAAGAAGAUGAUUAUGCCGACGAGCAGGAUGAGGAUGAUGAGAUUGAGGACGAUGACGAUGACGAAGAUGACGACGAUGACGAUGAAGUUGGUUUCGAUGUGCAGGUUGAAAUUGAGGACGAUGAAGACGAAGGUGCCACCGCAGUCGAUCAUAGUGAGACCUACACAUCCUUCACUUUGCUCCAUACCAUAUGGCUUAUACUCCGAUUCCAUUUAGCUACACGAACACGAUAUCUUCUACGGGUAUUGGCCGCCCACCCAGAUGUUCGGAACAUUAUACGCUUUACCACUGACCUCGACGAGGACGAGGACGAGCUCUCUUUGUGGCCACGGAGGCGAAGGAGAAGUACACCCGAUCCGAAUAGGUUCCCUAAAGUGCCAAGCAUUGUUGGGGAAGAACUAAUGGCGUCGGGUGAUUUUGGAUCCAAUGAUGCACAAACUCCAGGCAGAGAUGAUCACAUUAAGGGACGAAAACGUUUGGCAAGAAGAAUAUUAGACCGAGAGUUAGCAUCAGGGAACUUUGCGGCCCAGGUGAUAAAUCGGAGAACAAUGGCACAAGAAAUGUUACCAUCUUCGAAUGCCGAUACUAUAAUCAAUUAUGACGAUCCCGUUUACUCAGGUCAAUUUUCGGAUGACGGUAACUUCUUCUUUGCCGUCACCAAGGAUUUCAAAGUCCGCAUGUAUGAUACAUCAAACCCUUAUAAGUGGCGGUAUUAUAAGACUGUAAGCUACCCUUAUGGGCAAUGGACCCUUACCGAUGCUUCACUGAGCCCUGACAACAAAUAUCUCGCUUACACCUCCAUACGUAGUACGGUUUGUCUCGCUCCGACAGACCCAAAUGACAUGGGAGAUCCUUAUAAUCUGGAGCUCGGUGAUCCUGGCACUGGUAUACAAAAUCCUAGGCUCGAUCGGCGAGGGUCAUUUGGUAUUUGGUCGAUUAGAUUUUCUGGUGAUGGACGCGAGCUUGUUGCGGGAACUACAGGCGGUUCCAUUGUUGUCUAUGACAUAGAAAGUCGUCGUCCACUUCAUAGGAUUUUUGGGCAUGAUGAAGAUGUCAAUGCAGUAUGUUUUGCCGACAAAUCAUCGCCUCACAUUCUUUACUCCGGAUCAGAUGAUACAACUAUCAAGGUGUGGGAUACCAGGAGUAUGGGCGAUAGUCGAGAAGCGGGUGCAUUUAUUGGUCACAUUGAGGGAUUAACAUAUCUCGAUAGCAAAGGAGACGGUCGCUAUAUCCUCAGUAAUGGUAAGGACCAGAGCAUGAAGCUAUGGGACUUGCGUAUGGUCAUGAGUUCGGCUCAAUUUUCCAACAUCAGGGCAAAUGAACGUCGCCCCGGAACAAACUUCGAUUAUCGCUGGGGACGUUAUGAUGAGGAUGAUUGGUACCACGAUAAAAAUGACAAUUCUUUAGUCACAUUCAGAGGCCACAGAGUAAUGCGGACUCUGAUUAGAUGUCAUUUCUCUCCGCCUGGAAGUACUAAUUCAAGAUAUGUCUAUUCGGGGAGCGAAGACGGUAAAGUGUACAUAUGGAAUAUGGAUGCAACGCUUGCGGGCAAAGUCGAUGUUUUCCAGGCAACAAAGAAUACAAGGCCACCCCCACCCGGUCAAUGGCACGGGGGUUGGCAUGGAGGAUGGCGUGAUGAUAUAGAUGAAGUGAAUAGUCCGAGGUGGAAAACAGUAGUUAGAGAUGCUAGUUGGCAUCCCACUGCUCCCAUGAUCGCUGCAUCUGCGUGGAACGGUUAUGGUACUGAGCAGGGCACUGUCACCACCCAUUCUUGGAAUGAGGGUGCUGAAGACGAUGAAGCCGAGCCUAAAAUGGGAUUAAGGGUAAAUGCGAAGUUAGAACAUGAUUCUCACCUUUACCCGGCCCACUUAGGCCGCAACGAAAGAACUCGACAUCUCAACAGUCUCCUGCCGAAUGCUGAUGAUGAUGAGAACGACGAUGGCGAUUAGGGCAUAUCCAGGAGGGAAUUUGCAAUUCAUAGUGCUUGGCGACAUACUGUAAGGAGUGGUUAGGUAUCAAUGUGUUAGACUUCUUUCGGGAUUUUCCAGUGUUACAAAUCCUGCCAUUUUCGAAACU